AUGUGCUACGACCGCUACGUGUCCAUCUGCAAACCCCUGCACUACGGGACCCUCCUGGGCAGCAGAACUUGUGCCCACAUGGCAGCAGCUGCCUGGGCCAGUGCCUUUCUCUAUUCACUGCUGCACACGGCCAAUACAUUUUCCCUGCCCCUGUGCCAUGGCAAUGCUCUGGGCCAGUUCUUCUGUGAAAUCCCACAGAUCCUCAAGCUCUCCUGCACCAAAUCCUACCUCAGGGAACUUGGGCUCAUUGCAAUUAGUGCCUGUUUGGUAUUUGGCUGUUUUGUGUUCAUUGUUUUCUCCUAUGUGCAGAUCUUCAGGGCUGUGCUGAGGAUCCCCUCUGAGCAGGGACGGCACAAAGCCUUUUCCACCUGCCUCCCUCACCUGGCUGUGGUCUCUCUGUUUGUCAGCACUGUUAUCUUUGCUCACCUGAAGCCCCCCUCCAUCUCGUCCCCAUCCCUGGAUCUCUCAGUCUCUGUUCUGUACUCGGUGGUGUCUCCAGCCCUCAACCCCCUCAUCUACAGCCUGAGGAACCAGGAGAUCAAGGAUGCCCUGAGGAAAAUGAUGCCCCUAUCUUUUCAGAAACAUUAAACUUUUCUUCUCCAGAACCUUCAGAAUGCAAUUCUUGACAAUCUUGGCCUUUUUUUCCUAUUUGUCCAUUUUGUCACUGGGAAUUUUUCCUAUUAUUUUUCUGGUGUUACAAUGUUUUUAUAAGAUACUGCAGUACUACUCUGAGUAUUUCUACAUGAUAUUCUC